GCAUCUGGUAUCAGGUCUAAUCUCGGCGGGACUCAGGUGCGCUGAGGUGUCGACACGCUCGUGGACCGCGCUGACGUCCAAACAUUUGGACUGUUUUUAAUCGUUUUUUUGUGCACUAUUGUUGCGCGUGCGUGUGUGUGUGGACGCAGGCGCAGACAACUGUGUCGUGAACGCGCAGUGGGCACAAACUAACGGACGCGCACACGAAGCCGAAGCAGGAACGAACCGGAGAUCAGCGGAGCGUCCGAGACCGAGUUCACGAAGCGAGAGACAAAAUGGGAGGAAAACUGAGCAAGAAGAAGAAGGGCUACAGUGUGAACGAUGACAAGUCCAAAGACAAGGACGGCAAGUCAGAGGGGGCGUCGGCCGAAGAGAGUGAGGCAGCGAAAGGAACCAAAGACGAGGCUCCCGCUGCCAACGGUGCCAACGACGUGGCAGCCACGGACACCCCUGCUGCCGAAGCGUCCAAAGAUGAGGAUAAGAAAGCAGCCGAGGCACCUAAGGAAGCAGAGAAGCCCACGGCGAAUGGAGAGUCGGAGGCCGCGAAGAGUCCCGAGGAGAAGCCCGAGAGCAAAGACGAGGCAAAAAAGACUGAUGCCACCACAGCGGCACCAGCUGCCAAAACCGAGGUGGCUUCUGCUGACUCAAGCAAGCCUGCUGAGGCAGCAGCCGACCCCUCCGCCAAGGAAGCCAACGCCACCGAGGCACCGAGCAAGGAUCAAACCGUAGCAGUCAAAGAUUAACACACAUGCUCUGAUGUAACCGCGAAGAUGUAAAAAAGACGCGGCGCAUGCCGACAAAAACAAUAAUAAUUGUGAUGAUGCUUUGACGGGGAGGCGCAGCUGCCGCGCCGCUGAUUAUUGCGAUUAUUAUUGUUGCUUUUGUUCUCUUUUUUCUGAUGUCGUAUUUGAACUUUGACCUUGUGUCGUCACUCCAUCCAUCACGACAUCCGCCAUUGUGUCAACACGCUGGACGCCGACGUCAGCGCAUGAUGUUGUGGACUUGUGUACUAAGUGUCCGUGCCAGAGGAAGGCAGCGGAGCAUCACAAUGUUUGAAUCUAAUACAAUAACUUAGCCGAAACAUUUUUAAAAUUGGAAACGACUGAAAAAAAAGAAACGAAAAACGUUUUCCACCUUUAGAUUUUAUAAGAAAAAGUUUUGUAGUCAUUUGUGAUAAAGUCUCUGAGAAUCGUCGCACAACCUCUGACGGACCAAAACAACUUUUUAGACCUUUCUACCACUUCUUUAGUUCCUCAAAGAGGGAAUGAAUGGGAGUGGGGUAGUCCAUAUCUGCUAGGUGGAGUAGCAACAAAAACAAAACCAGCAACCUCUGAAUUUCCUAUUAUAAGAGUUGCAGUUACCACUACUGGCCACCAGGGUUUCCUCAGUGGACAUCAGCGAAGUACGGAAAAAAUGGAAGUUUUCUGUCGCACCUUUUCGCACUUUUUCAAAUUGAUGAUUAGCGUGAGGGCGUGGCUAAAGCUAGGCAUGACAUUUGGGGGAUAAUCAGCCAUUGCUUCGGAAACCUUCACCCCGUAAUUCAUCCAUUCAUUCAUAGUUGUUUGUAAACACUGGAGGACAAUGCAGAAUUUGGAAUCUUUUGCAAUUACAGUUUCUGUCACCAGGGGGCGACAGACCCCACUUUAAAACCAGCACGUCUCAAACUGUGAGUGACCACAGACGUAGCGACACAGCGGUCAGACACAUCUGGAACUUUGACGAGUGCGCUCCUACGGUGGCAACGUUUCUGCCUCACCGCAAACGGUAGCAGAUCAUCGUGACGGAGAAACGUCGCCAUUGUCUUCCUCCUUAUUUCCUGCAUGUGUGUGUGUGUGUCUGUGUGCGUGUGUGUGUGGUUAUCUUGUUAAUCUGGUGAAGGAAAACAAAAUAAAAGUACUCUAGUGACGUUCGUCAGUCGUGUCGACGCUCGACUGAAAACUGUUUCUGUUAAUACGUGCAAAAGUAAUAAAGCUGAGAUCCAGA